GGUGGAGCUGCAGCUCUCCAGCCCUGGGUUGUACAGUUCACAGAGAACCCAAGGGACACCGUUACUCUAGGACUGUAACCUGUUCAAGAGAGACACCGGCUACCGGUCUCUGUGGCUUUCUCCAUUUGUGUGGAUAAUGGAGGAGGAAGAAAGCAGUCCCUUGCUGUCUCAGGACACCGCUGACCCAGAGCAGCCGCCCACCAGGAACUGUCUACCUACUGCAAAUAUUCCACAUACAUCACUCUGGGAGAAUCAAAAAGGGGCCUGGGGCUGCAGACGCUGUCCUAUAGCAAAGCACAAGGCCUGGAAGGAAGACCAGGCCUCCUCCCUCCCCCUUUCCACAGGGAGCAACUGUGUCAAGUAUCUGAUUUUCCUCUCUAACUUCAUCUUCUCCCUGCCGGCUCUACUGGCCUUCGCUGCAGGGCUCUGGGGCCUGGCUGUUAAAAGGUCUCAGGGGAGCGGCUGGGGUGGACCCCUGCCGACAGACCCCAUGCUGUUGCUGGUGCUAGGAGGCCUGGUAGUCAGUGUGGUGAGCCUGUCUGGAUGUCUGGGUGCUCUCUGUGAGAACAGCUGCCUACUGCACUGCUACGGUGGGGCUGUCCUCUUUUGUCUGGCACUGGAAGCCCUGGCAGGGGCUCUAGUGGUGACCCUCUGGAACCCACUGCAGGACAGCCUGAAGUAUACACUUCAUGAGGCCAUCACCCACUACUGGGAUGACCCAGAUCUGCACUUCCUCCUCGACCAAGUCCAGCUGGGGCUGCAAUGCUGUGGAGCGGUAUCCUACCAAGAUUGGCAACAGAACCUCUACUUCAACUGCAGUUCUCCGGGCAUUCAAGCCUGCAGCCUUCCUGCCUCCUGCUGCAUCAACCCCCAGGAAGACGGAGCUGUAGUGAACACUCGGUGUGGAUUGGGGGCAUUGUACCUGGACCGGAAGGCAGCUGGACAAGUAGUUUACCUGCAGGGCUGCUGGCCUGCGCUGCAAGAAUGGCUUCGGGGGAACAUUGGUCCCAUAGGUGGCUGUGCUAUCGCUGUUGUCAUGAUCCAAGGGACUGAACUCCUCUUGGCUGCCUGCCUGCUAAGGGCCCUAGGUGUCCACAAGGUAGCAGAGGACAUAGAACCAGACCCUUUGUCAGCUGCUGGCACUACUGUCUCCACCAAGCAGAGCUGAGAAGACUACGACAGACCAAGCUCCAAGCUUCUCCCCACCUUCCAGGAAAGGUGACAGGGCUUCCACUUCUGGCCCUGGCUUCUUUGCUACAUCUGUUCUGUCAGUCCCCAAGACUCACCUAGAUAGCCUCUGUGCUGCUCCAAUUUCACAAUUUCACUCCUGAUUUCUCAGGACCCAGCUAAGCCCAUGGCUGUCUUUUGCAAAGGCCACCCUGGCGAUCUGUGUCUGCUCCUACCUGCCCUGCGCCCCCUAGAUGGCAGGAGGAGCCAGGGCUGGGGGCUCUCUCUUCCAAUCUUAGCCAGCCACCUUCUCUGAUCUGUCUCACACUGACUGGCUCUAGGUUCCCAUUUCAUCACUACUGGCUUCUCAUGGGUCUCCUCUUGCUUCCUGGUCUUUAGUAAGAUGUGGGGUAAUGCCUAGGGCACACCCUGUACAAAACUUUUUGGUAGGAGGAAGACUUUGCUUAUUGGUAUGUCCAUUCAUAUUUGUAUAGUAAACUAUAGAUCUCACAA